ACGUACUUUGAGAGGAUACCUGUCCCCGAGUACCACCGUACUCCAUCGAGUGGAUAUAUAUCCGCUUUCUAUCGCUGCCUUACCUUGAACCCCAACUCAUUGAUCGCGACCGGUAGCCGACUCAGCUACAUAUUCAGAUCCACGAAUAGAGAUAGAGUUGAAGUGACACAGAAAACAGAUCAUGACUAUCGAAACCCACUAUCAAUCCGCACGAAUACAAUCAAAUGUGUUCAAGCAGUUGAUCCUCGAAUGCGGCAUCGACACGGGAACGCUUCAACAAGCCUUUGAAAAGCACCGAUCAGCCCGGAAUGAAAAGUUUAAGGAGCUGAUUCUCGACCCCAACUUUCAAACAUGGCAGUUCGAUGAGAUCUUGCAUCGAGUCCUCGAAGCUAAGCUGGGGCUCACCCAGUAUGUCGACCCAAGAAAUAACCUGUCCCUCUGGUCUCGACCGCCACGACACAUCCAACAAUUGGUCUGUGAGAUACAACAGAUUAUUGCGCCCAUAGCAGGCCCAUGUCUUUGGCUCACCCCUGCGGACCAUCUCCAUAUGACUACGCUGGAGAUACUGCCGGCACGGACUCUAGCUGAGGUGAAUGAGUUUGAAAGAUUUCUCAAGGAGAAUGCAAACUUGCAAGAUAUCGUCAACUAUACGCUCACCAACCGUGCCCGAUUGGUGCGCCCAAUUCUCAGCUAUGAUACAUCGGCUCUAGCCUUGAGCUUCGUCCCUGCCGUGGAUGAUGCAGAUAUUGAAGUCGAUGGGGGCUACUCAUACCAGCAUCUACGUAGCGAUCUCUACGAUUUUGUGACUCAAUCUGGAUGCCCGCUUGAGGCACGGUACACUGUGCCAUCGGCGCAUGUUACUAUCGCACGAUUUGUGCGCCCUGUUGGACGGUCUGAAAACCGGCCAGAAGAACCAGGUUCAUGUAGAAAACAAGCACAUGAACUGGUGGCUACAAUCGAGGACAUCAACCAGGAAUUGAGAUCAAAUGAUUGGAAGCGAUUUGGCAACCCCUCGCGGGGCGAAUGGACAGUCGGACAGGAGCAAGGCUUGGAGUUGAUGAAGGGUCGAUCCUGGUAUGGAAAAGGCGAGAGUGUCCUUAUCGGAGAGGGCUUCCCUUAACCCGAUUCAUCUGAACGCUGCAAUAGCAUAUAGACCAUCAGAAUGAAGAAUUGUUAGAAAAUGAAUGGCAAAUGGCAAGUGUAACUUCCCAAUUGGGAAAUGCGGCCCUCUUCAAAGUGAUG